AUGAGUCUCGAUGUUGUAUACACGAGCAUUCGUGGAUUUCUCAUUGUGUUACCAUGGGCCCUCGAAUUGGUCCUCAUGGACCUCAUAAUCUCUUUCCUCUUACCCGUCAGUUAUCUUUUCCCUAAUUGGGUAUACAAUGCGUCAUCGUUCGUCGCGUUUACAAACUGGAAUUGGAUACAAGUCAUUUUUGAGGUCUUCAAUGGAGGCAAGAUUACCAUUUCUGGCGACACUCUCCCGGAAGACGAAACCGCGAUUGUCAUUGCAAAUCAUGUCAGUUGGACCGACUUCUAUAUGAUUCAAGCACUUGCUAUCAGAGCUGGCAUGCUUGGAAGGUGUAGAUGGUUUGCCAAGAUUGAAUUGCGAUGGGUUCCAUUACUUGGUUGGGGAAUUUGGGGAUGGGACAAAAAAGAGUUGGAUCGAGUUUUUGCAGGAGUCGUAGUAAAAAAAUGGCCACAAUGGCUCAUCAGCUUUAGUGAAGCGACACGAUAUACACCCAAGAAAUACGAAGAAGCAAAAACAUGGUGUAAACAAAACAAUCGACCUCUCCCCAAGCACCUCCUGUAUCCGCGAACCAAAGGCUUCGUAACAACAGUGCAGCAUCUGCGAAAGGCUAAACACGUCAAAGCCGUUUAUGAUAUGACGAUCGCGUAUUCACAUCAUAACAAAUGGCAUCAAGCCCCAACCAUUUGGGAAUCUCUCAGUUGCGGUGACCUAAGCGGAAAACGAGGAUACAAAUUUCAUGUUGAUGUCAAGCGAUUUUUAUUGGAGGACUUGCCAGAGACUGACGAAGGAUUGGCAAAAUGGUUGGAAAGCAGAUGGAUAGAGAAAGGAGAAUACUUGGAAGAAAAGAGGGAAGAAUGGUCCAGAGUUGGUAACGGACAUAAGCCAAUUACGGCAUAG